AUGCUUUUUAUGACCACCAAUGUCAACCAGCAGAAGAAGAUAGUUAACAAGCACAACAGUCUGAGAAGAUCAGUACAGCCACCUGCCAGCAACAUGCUGAAGAUGGAAUGGAAUUCUGAAAUUGCAAGUAAUGCACAACUCUGGGCAAAUCAAUGUACCUUGAAGCAAGGUACAGCUGAAACCCGAAAACUAAAUGGCAUACAGUGUGGUGAAAAUAUCUUCACAUCAAGUAUAUCUCUCUCAUGGUCCAAUGUUAUUCAAAGUUGGUAUGAUAACAUAAAAAACUUUCGAUAUGGCUCUGGAGCAACCUCACCAAAUUGAAAGAUUGGUGUUUACACACAGGUAGUGUGGCAUAACUCUUACCAAGUGGGAUGUGCUCUUGCCUUUUGUCCUGGUCAGUGCGUCUAUCUUUAUGUUUGCCAGUAUUGUCCUGCAGGGAACCAUGUAGACCAGAUUAAGACCCCCUAUAAUAAAGGAGAACCGUGUGGAGAUUGUCCAAAUGCCUGUGACAAUGGAUUGUGCAGUAAGUUUGAGAAAGAUGAACUACCAGGAGACAAAAAUCCCAAACAUCAUUAUUUUCAUAGAGACUUUUGA